GAGGUUAUUCCCGCCACGGUAGGUGUACCCUCCACCCCCAGAAUCGCUUUUGCUUCCCUGACGCUUAUCUGAAUCGUGAUGAACUCUAACAACGAUCAUCAAUAAUGAAAAAUUUAUAUCUCCGUUGUCUUUUUUUUUAAGAAGACGCGUUAUUUCCUCUUCCAGAAUUCACUUACUCUUUUCGGUAGGUAGCGUGCCAUCAUCCAUUUAGGCUAGCGUAUUUGAUUUUCUCCUUCUUUUAGAAACUAUUUCAAGAUUAAAGCAAUUAGAAAAUACUCAAGUUCAAACAAUUCCAGACUAAGAUCACGUUCACCACCAUCACCAAUAAAAGAUCCAAUGAACAACGAGCAUAUGAACCCAACACAAGACCCACAACCAACGCGCAGAAGGUAUACGCGCGCUUUAAGCUUAGGUUCUAGUUUGAAUUCAGCCAAUAGUGAAAAGCGUAGCAAUGUACUUGGUAUACACUUCAGUCCACAAGUUGAAGACGAUGACAUUCACGAAGUCUCUCAACCGCACCCACAUAGACGUUCAGGUAGUCCGCUUAAAGGUCCACGUCCACCUCCGGGAGCAUCAGCAGCUGGUUUGCCGAGUUCCAGAGAUUUCGAAGGCCAGAGCGUACACACUUCUCGCUCUAACUCACCCUCAAAAACUGUGAGAAUUAUUUCCCCACAAUCAGAAGCCUUAUUGUCUUUCCAUGAACAGAAUCCGAACAAACACCAAGAACACGUCCAGAAGCGAAAUGAAUUUGAAAAGGCAGAAGCUAUUGUUAUGGAGAGAAAUCCAACUAAUGAAAGUGAAGCCAGUGUCAACUUUGACGCCGUCAAUAGAAAAUUGGGGCAUAUGCACAUCGAGAAUCAAAAGAAUUCUGAUACUGGAACACCCCAAAUGGAAAAUUCACCAAAACAUCCAUUACGCGUUACAAAUCCAUCUGCUUCAACCACUUCACUUGAUGCUACCCUAGGAAAGCAGCAGAAAGAAGAAGAGAUAGCAGAUGAGAUUGGUGAUGAAAAUCUUAAACAGGAACAAGUUCAGGAAGUCGAGGAAUCUCAUCAUAGUGAGCAAAUCAAGUCAGAUAACAAGUCUGAGCUCUCUCACAAGUCACGUAAAUCAGAUCAUUCCAACAGAUCAAAGCAAACUCAUAAGUCAAACAAUGAUGAGCAGUACUCUUCAGUAAUACCACCAAGAACAUCAUCGAAAAUGGGCGUAGAUGGAGCUGAGCAGUCUUUUGAGGAGCAAAAGGAAUUACCAAAUGAUAGAGAUCAGAUCCCAGUAAGGAAGCGUUCACAGACCUUACCCCAAAACCCUCGCAUCCAACUUCAAGCUCCAGCUAUGCGUGUUACCCAGUCUACUCAACCGGAGAGAAGUGAGGGUAUGGUAGAUAAAUCCAAGAGAUCAGUUUCUGCUCAACAGCAAGCAGUUAGUUCACCAUCGAGACACAACACAUCAUCAACUAGAUCACCAGAGAAUGCUUCGAUGUUGAAAUACGCUCAUCUUGAUUUCUUAUCAAAGCCACCAUCUUCCACUGAAUUCCCACACGCACCUAAGCUUAACACGAGAUCUGGAUCAAACUUUUCAUUGAAUGCUAGCUCAAUUGGAUCAAAUGGUGUUGAUAUUAGAUCAUCAAGAGGUAUGAGAGGUCUCGCACACGCAGAAAGAGGUGGUGGUGCUGUCAAAUUCGACGUUCAGAAAGGUGGAUUUGUCACUCCUUCCAACUCAUCUUGUUCAACUCAAGCAGGUGUUAUCGAUCCACCUUCUACGCGAUUCGAUGCUGACGCAGUUACUGGAAAGAUUGGUCAAGUCGGUCAACAUAAUAAGAAGAUCCAAAAAGCUCGCUCUCAAGGUGACUUACUUAGGCAGACUACCUUGCUCAACACUUCCACUUCACCAGCCAGAACUGCAAGAGAAUUGAGGGCUGUUCUCUCCGGUGGUAGCAGGUUCGGCAGCAAUUCACAUCAGAUUACUCUCGAACAAUCACGCACGAGAUCAAGAGCGGAAGUUGAUCUAGUUCUUGAUAGUGAGGCUGUCGUCGAAGGUGGUGUCCUUGGUGGUCGAAUGGAUGUCAAGCUUGCUAAUGAUAAGGUCUGGUGGGGUAAUGGUAAAGUUCGUGUUGUUGGUUUUGAAGAUCUCCAAGCUGAUGAGACUCGCCAUGUUUUCUUCCACCAUGAUGCUCCUGUUGACUUCUAUCCACCUGCUGGAUAUGGCCUGCCAGAUGAUGAAGGAUACUACCGCGGUGUCAACACGAAGAAAGGUAGACGCAAGGAUAAUAGAAUCUCACUUCCUUUCAAGAUCAAGCUGCCAAUUGGUGGUGGUGCAAAAGGCCCACUCAAGUCGAAGAGUGGCUUUGUCCGUUACAUAGUUAUUGGCUCUAUUCAUCUUAAGAACCACAAAUCCAGUGAUAGAUCAAUCGCGCAUUUCUACAGAUAUGUUACAAUUUAUCCUUUGCUAUCUCCUUCGAGCGUUUUAGCACCAGCACCCGUACCAAUCAUGCAGACAGCUUCAAAGCCUCUCUUCCUGGGUGGAAAGGGCCCAAUCAAUUUAACAGCUAGCGUCCACCGUCCACAUUGGGUUGCUGGUCAACGUUGUUAUGUCAUGAUUACAAUCGAUAAUAAUAGUAGCAAGAGGGUUAAAUCUGUUAGCUUGUCCCUUAACAGGACUAUCAUUGCUUAUAGGCCACGUCCAUAUGCUUCUUUAAUGGUUGGUGACGACCUUGAUGCAUGCCAAACCACUACAAACACCAAGAGAAUCGCCGAAGAGAAGCUUGAAAUAGGUUCAAAGGGUACUUCUGGUCAUGUUACGGCUAAAGGCUGGUUCAGAGGUGUUGACUCAGGUGAACAGCUUGAGUUCUCUUCAUCGUUGCAAGUUCCUUCUGAUGCACUUACUAUCCCUCGCACACGUUUAUUGGAGGUAAAUUACACACUUCGCAUCGGUGUCGCUGGAUCAUUGUCCAAGGGAGACGUAUCAGUCGAACUUCCAGUCAAGUUUAUUAACUUCUUGUCGAUCGAUCCUCCACCUUCAGCCCAUCCACCAACUCCUAUGCCUAUGAAUUCUGUCUCAGGUGUAACACCAACUGAUGCAGAAUUAGUGAAGUCGGCUGCAUUAGAAAGACACAAGCAGGACAUUGAGAGGGCUAAAUCACCAUCAAAUGAUGUUAAGACAGUGGAUGCAUUGAGAGGUACUGCUAAGAUAUCUCCACCAGCUCUUCAUGCUCAAUCUUCUGUUAAAGCUCAAACAGGUAACACUGUCUUUAAUGAGGGGGGUCCAAAGAUCUCACAAAUGGAUAUCAUUGAUGAAGCACUCUUUAAUGCGUCGGUAUCACGCAGAGGUAAAGGCGGUAAGCCACCUUCACCAUUACCAGUUGAUGAUAUGGAUACCACCGCUGAACAAGAGCAAUCUUCUAAUAAUCAUGAUGAUAGCACAAUGAAUGAAACUACUCAAGAUAUGACUGAAGAUUCACAUAUGACUGAUUCUCAAGCAGAUGGUAUCUCAGAGGAUGAAGAUGACAGUGGCUCAGAGGUGAGCUUUGACGAGAAUGAUAUUAGUGAGCCUGCUAUCAACGUGGAGCCAGAAGAACAUAAUGAUGGCAAUGAAAAGAAACGUCCAAGUUCGCGCCCAUCACUAGCAGAAAGUAGAAGGGAGACACUUUUGAAUGCAAUUAAAGAUGAUGACGAGGAUUCAGCCUCUAUUGAUCAAAAUGAGUCUAAUUCAAAUGGCGAACAUGAAGAUAUAGUAGAGGAAACUCCAAAACUUGAUAUUCAUAGCCCAACUGGUGACUUCCACGAUGCUCAUGACUUCGAAGAGGAAGAGAACGAGAAGCAAGAAGCUUCCCAUGCUGCCCCAGAAGAUGUUAAAGAUGAGCCUGAAGAGGUUGAGAUUAAGGUUGAGGAACCGAAGCAUGAUGAGCCUGAAAUUGAACCAAAAGGUGAACCUGUUUCAGAGCAGAUCAAGAGCGAAAUGGAGGAACCUCAACAAAUCCACGAAGAGGAAGAGUUGGAGGAAAGUGACGAAGAAGAAGUAGAAGAACAUGAGAAGGUGGAUGACGAUCAAUCCCCUCCACCAGUUGGUCUUCCACAACUUGCUCAAGAUCCGUUGGAUCAUCGCUCACUGGCACAAUCUCGUGCAUCUCACCUUUCUGGUGGAGAUGUUAUGGCUUCAAUGGCAUAUCUCAGCUCACCAAUUAAUGAUGUCGAAGAACCUGUGCAAUCAGUGCAUCAAACUGCUAGACGCCCACUUCCAGAAUCACCUCAAUCAUCCUCUGGUAAGAUGACAGCUCAUGAGCAAGUCAAUCGCAAUAGUCCAUCUGUUCGUAGCGAUGAGAAGUCACCAAGCACAAGGCCUGAACCUAAGCGUACUGCUUCAGAAGAUCCAUUCUCACCUACAUUCAUGGAACAGCAUCAACAAAAGGAACUACCAUUGUCUCCGUCUAACAAGACACCAAACUCACCAUCAUUCUGGUCACCUGCUUCCAAAGCAGCUGCUGCUAUGCCACAACUUCAUCCAGUAAAGACCGACGGAAUAAGCAGAAAUGAAGAAGAAGCUGAACUUGAAACACCAACAAAAGUUUUGAACUCUACAAAUGAGUACUCGUUUGAUACAUUCAAAAGAUACGCCGCUGCUUACACCGUACCAUCACCAUCAGCAGAAUCUGAUAAGAGUCAGCCUGUGUCAGUCAAGGGACGCGUUGCUCAAUUUGAACAAACUGGGGGAGGCUCUAACAGAUCAAGUAUAAACUUUGAACCAUCACAGUUGAUCAAAGACAGAGCUGUGAGAAGACAAUUAAGUGCGCUUAGCAAGAAAUCAACAGAUAGUUUAAGGCCAGGUUCACAAAAUGGCGAAAACUUUAAUACCACUUCAAUGGAUAUUUUCAACAGGUGGAAUGAAUAAACGAACUAUUUAAAC